AUGCUAUUGGUCGAAGGAUUCGGCCGGACGUGGGACGAGGUCUUCUUGGUCAGACGGUGUGAUCGGUCGCGGUACGUGAGUUGUGCCGCACGGCCGCGAGGCGUUGCUUCCCGGUUCGCUUGGUACGAUCGUGCGCGGUUUCGGCUGCGUGAUUCUGGUUUGGCCGACCGCGGGACGAUGCUUCCCGGAUCGGUACGUGGGCUCGGCCGUUGUUCAGGCGGGACGGAUGAGCGUUCGGAUGUUGGCCGACCGCGGGACGGAUGUUCCUCGGCCGGCCGUUCUGCUCGGUUCGGCCGCGGCUUCUUGAUAGAGCCGCCUGGACCAAUCUUUGCUAUUUUGAUCAUAAUUCCUUUUCUACUCAUCCAAAUGAUGCCAAUCCACUUGCGUUGGAAAGUUAACUCACUCAGAGUACGCGGGGAAAUGGUCUUGAUGAAAUCCAUUGAGUAUAUGUUUUUAGCUCCUCCCAAAGUAGAUGUUGUGACAGUGGACUGGUUUGAAGUCCAAAUCCUCUGUUUUGCUCCAUAA